AUGCAGAAAAACGUCGAAACGGAGAGAGACAACCUCCAGUAUCUUCUAGCUGAAAAGAUCAAAGAUCUCGAGGAGCGCACCGAAGAGAUCGAGAGUCUUCGAGCUAAGGUGACGCAGCUUCAGUCAAAUUGUUCGCAAGAAGAAGAAAAAGUCGCCAAAUCCUGUGCUGAAAUUACCGAUCUCCAGAAGAAAAUGAAAGAGAGGGAUACCAGGCUUGAGAAGAUGCAUAGUGCAGGGUCGAAUCUCAAAACCGCGCUGUCAGACCAGCGAAAGAACAACGAAGAUCUGAAGAAACAGAUAACCUUACUUCAGAAAGAAGAACAAAAGUCUCUAAGCAAGCUUCAAAAGCUGGAGAGCUUCACGGUCGGCCAUACGGAAGUGAACGAAGUUGAGAUGUAA